UUACUUGGGAACCACCCCACUCAGGGACCUUGACUAUAGUUACUCUUUUUUAGAAUCUGGACUGGACCUUUACGAUCCAGAUCGAUCAUUUCAAAACCGAGCUCAGAAACCUUCUUCGCUUCAUAUGACUGACAAGAAGGACUCUGCCCUGAGUCUUGCAGACAAUCGUGCACUCGCCUUUGAUGAUAUUAGGCGCCUACUCCGAGCAAAGCAUUAUCAAGUUGCGCCAGGCUGGGCCCAACACAAAAGAAAGCAAUUAAUUCCAUUAACCUUUAAACAGACAAGUUAGGCCUAAGCAUGUUCAUAGCUAAGAAGAUAAUACGCUAUGACACUAGAACCUGCUGGAAAGUAGCUAAAAGUCCUGAGUCUUCUGCUUUAUCCUUUAUUCGUCAGCGAUGCUUUCAUAACGCAGGAAGGGAGGAUUCUUGAUUUUGAAGGCUAAUUAUUUCGACAACAUUGCGUGCAUGAAAAGAACCACCCUAAACAGGAAUAAAUUGAAAAAGAGGUUCGUAAUUCCCAUUGCACCUCCACCAGAAGAAAACAAAAACCACCAGUUCCUACCGUUACAAGCAAGAACAUAGUGUUUUUUUUCUCUUCCUUUUAUAAAACAGUUUGGAGUGGAUUCUGGGUUACUUAGCUUUUGGUCUGCAAUAACCAGUCAGAAGAAAAACAGUAGCAAUGGCCAAAUCAAUUGUUUGUGCAGUGCUGGAGAAGUUGGGUUCCUUGAUAUCCGAAGAGAUAAAACAGAACGUUGGGCUGGCCCUGGGUCUUGAAGAAGGAAUCCAAAAAAUGACCUCCAAUUUUGAGGACAUCAAGUCAGUUCUUCAAGAUGCGGAAACUAAACAGGUGAAGGAUGCCAACGUGAGACAUUGGUUAAAGAAACUCAAAGAUGUAGCCUAUGAUGUUGAUGAUGUGUUGGAUGAGUGGAAUACUGCAAAACUCAAAUCACAAAUAGAGAAACAAGUAAAAGACGUCGACAAUGCCCCCUUGCUAAAGAAGAUACGCAAUUCUAUCUCUUCUUUUACCUCUCAAAGUAUUAUAUUCUAUAAUAUUGCUUGGAAGAUAAGAGACUUGAAUGAACGACUUGAUUGUAUAGCGACUGACAAAGAUAGGUAUAAUUUUGGGUUAGAGACGGCUGUUGAAGAACCCAAAAGGCAAAUAACUGCCUCUUUCUUAGAUGAAGAAGAGGUUUAUGGUAGGUCUCAAGAGACAACAAUUCUAGUGAACAUGUUGGUCGGAGAGAAAAGUAAUGGAGGAGAGUCGAGCCUCCAUGUCAUUUCUAUAGUAGGGAUGGGUGGAAUCGGAAAAACCACUCUUGCUCAACUGGUUUAUAAUCACAAUGAAGUUGAAUGUCAUUUUGACAAGAGAAUAUGGAUAUGCGUCUCAGAUCCCUUUGAUGAGAUAAGGAUUGCCAAAGAGAUCCUCGAAGCAUUUAAAGGUGAAACUCCAAAUAUGGUUGGAAAGGAUAACAUUUUGCGCCAAAUUCGUAGUUAUGUUUUGGAGAAGAAAAUACUUCUUGUGUUGGAUGAUGUGUGGAUUGAAGAUGCAACAAAAUGGGAACAAUUGAAAAAUUCCCUCAAGUAUUGCUCCCUGGGGAGUAGAAUUUUGAUAACCACUCGGAAGAAUAAAGUUGCAAUAAUUAUGGGAACAACAACCGAAAACUUAUUUCCAUUACAUACCUUGUCUCAAGAGGAAUGUUGGUCAUUACUUAGCCAUAGAGCAUUCUAUGGGAGGACAAGAGAGGAGUGUGAAAAUUUAGAAGAUAUCAGCAAGAAAAUUGCAGUAAAGUGUCAGGGCUUGCCACUUGCUGCAAAGAUUCUCGGUGGUCUGUUGCGGUUCAAAAGAUCUAGAGAGCAAUGGCAAAGUGUCUUGGACUGCGAAAUGUUGAACCUUGAAGAGGCUGAACGAGAUCUUUUCCCUCCCUUAUUUUUGAGCUAUUAUGAGUUACCUAUGGCUCUUAAACAGUGCAUUUCAUAUUGUGCUGUUUUUCCAAAAGGAAAGAUCUUAAACAAAGAUGAAUUGAUCAAGUUGUGGAUGGCGCAAGGUUACCUGAAAGGAGCACAGUGCAAAGAGAUGGAGACUGUUGGGGAGGAAUAUUUUGAUGAGCUAAUGAUGCGUUCUUUUUUGCAAGAUUUUAAAAGGGUGGUUGAACUUGAUAGUGGGAUUAUGGAAUGCAAAAUGCAUGCUAUAGUACAUGAUUUUGUUCAACUUUUAACGAAAACCGAAUGUUUGAUACUAGUAAAUGAUGAUUUUGAAGAGUUAAGAGUAGAUGCUUUUUGUGAAGACGCUCGUCAUGUGACCUUGAUCCGUGAAGAAGCUAUCCCAACUGACCCUAAUAUUAACCAUUUCAAAAAGUUGCGUAGCCUCUUUAUUGACUCUAGCAAUCAUGAUACUUCAUCACUGAGCACAUCUUUGCCCAAGUUGUUUGAUCAAUUGGAUUGCCUAAGGACAUUAAAUUUGAGCAACAGUAUGUUUGGAAAUUCAAUUAAAGAACUUCCUGAUCAAAUAGGAAAAUUGGUUCAUUUGAGAUACCUUGACUUGAAACAUAAUAGAAAAUUGAAAAAAUUACCUGAAUCAGUGUGUGAGUUAUGUAAUUUACAAACCUUAAACCUCACAUGGUGUAAUAGUCUUAAAGAAUUGCCAUGUGGAAUUGGAAAACUAAUCAACUUGAGGCAUCUUGAGAAUGAGAAGACUGACUUGAGCUUGAUGGCAAUGCCAAAAGGGAUUGGGAGACUAACAUGCCUGCAGACACUAAGGGUGUUCGUGGCAAUGGAUGGUGGCAUUAAUGGCAAAGCAUCUACCCUUGGAGAUCUUAGAAACUUAAUGCAUCUUCAAGGACAUCUUAAGAUAAGCGGAUUGGGAGAUGUGUGGGAUGUGACUGAAGCUAAGAGAGCAGAGCUUCAAAACAAGAAAGGCCUCCGUGGUUUGAUACUGGAUUUUACUAAUUCCAAGGGGUUAAUGUCAAAAAGGUUGCCGAGAAGAGAUGAUGAAUUACUUCUUGAAGCUUUGCAACCACCUCUUUCCCUGGAAAAAUUAGAGAUUUGGGGCUACAGUAGCACCACCAGUUUCCCCAACUGGAUGAUGGGCUUGACCAAGCUGAGGCAUGUUUCACUGGGUUUUUGCUGUCAUUUGAACUUUUUGCCUCCUUUGGGAAAAUUGCCAUCCCUUGAAUCACUCUAUAUAGGGGAAAUGAGAAGAGUGGAAAAAGUGGGAGUUGAAUUUUUAGGAGUAGAAGGAGAAGGGACAUUAGCAUUAUCUCCAUCUUCAGAAUCUUCUUCAUCAUCUAUUAUUGCCUUUCCUAGUUUAAAACAUCUCGAGUUUCGUAAUAUGGAAGAGUGGGAUUGUUGGAUCUCAUUUACUAGCGCAGGAGCAGAUCAUAUUUGUAUUAUGCCUCGCCUUUGUUCUCUAACAAUUGAUUCCUGCCCCAAGUUAAGGGCACUGCCAUGGUACAUUUUGCAGAAUACAAGCCUAGAGCAAUUGGAUAUAAGCCAGAGUCCUUUUGUUUCAGAACGUUGCAGAAAGGAGACAGGGGAGGAUUGGCUCCAUAUCUCUCACAUCCCUAGCAUUAUAAUUGAUGGUCUGUGCAUGCAAGUAAACUGCUCUUCUUUUGAAGAGUUUGGAGUAUUGCAAUUGCAACCACUACACAGCUCUUUGUUAAGUUCGAACGAUUUCCUCAAAGUGUUUGAACAAAAUUGAUGUUUGAACAGAGCAAGCAACUUGUUGUUGGUUUCUAGCUAGAACAUCUAAUGAUUAAAGGCGAUAUAUGUAGCAGGUAUCUUUUGUUUCAAGGCGCCUAUAUAAAAUUAUUGGAAUACAUGCAAUGUCAUACAUUAACCAUUGGUGUUUAAGCUAGCAUUUGAAGUUCGUUUGACAUCUUGGUUUAUACGUACGAUUUCAAGGCACUAGAAGAGAGAUUUCCCCCAGCAUAGAACUUUCCGGGGAUGCAUGGAACAUAGACGAGGAAUUGGCUUUUAAGGCAAGUAAGAUGGGAUGACGUUGCCGAAGAAGUAAGGGUACUACAGCAUAUUGUGCUUCUUUGUUUUUCAAGAUUUUGCUUGAUACUAGUGGAUUGAGAAGUCACUAGGACGAAUACUAUGGACAGGAGUUAUCAUACACCAAUCCUCCAUUUUGGAAUUGGUUUUUCCUUAAUCUCAUCCAAUGGCAACUCUUUUAUUGUAUAUAGUUCCUUUAAUUAGUAUGAAGGGGCAGAGUUAUGUGUUUCAAUUCUUUCUUGGAAUAGAUAUUGGAGGCACAAGGGAAGAGUGGGGAUUCCAACGUUAGGUCAAAUUUGAAUUUUGUAAUUAACUCUGCAUACAUUACAUUCUCAAGAAAACGUUUUCAUACCAAACAUUAUAAUGUAAUAUUUUUUUUUAGAUUUUAAUCAACACUUUUUCAUGUUUAUCGAA